UAUGUAGUAUUAUGAUGUGGCGCUAGCAAGCAACUCGGCCACUUGCCUUGUGCAGCACACCCAGGACAGAUCGCUUCAACGCCGAUCCUCGCUUUGUACAUCAGCUGUCGAGCCUGCCAAUUCGUGCAACAUGCCGAAAAAGGGACUUAUUGAGAGACUGGACAGUGGGGUGGUCAUCGGCGACGGUGGGUUCGUGUUUGCCUUGGAGAAGCGUGGCUACGUCAAAGCAGGCCCAUGGACUCCAGAAGCCACCGUAGAAAACCCAGAAGCAGUUCGUCAGCUCCAUCGUGAAUUCCUACGGGCUGGCUCUGAUGUCAUGCAGACCUUCACCUUCUAUGCCAGCGAUGACAAGCUGCAGAAUCGCGGCAAUGAGGCCCAAAAGAAAUACACGGGAGCCAUGAUCAACCAACAGGCUUGCGAGAUCGCCCGGGAAGUGGCUAACGAAGGAGACGCCUUGGUGGCUGGAGGAAUAUCCCAAACGCCUACCUAUCUCAACGGGCUGGGCAAGGAAGCCGUACAGAAGGAGUUUGAGAAACAACUCAAAGUCUUCGUGGAUAACAAGGUGGACUUCAUGAUUGCCGAGUAUUUCGAGCAUGUUGAGGAGAUAGUUUGGGCAGUGGAGUCCAUCAAGCAGAAGUGUCCAGGAAUGCCGAUCGCUGCCAACAUGUGCAUCGGGCCGGAGGGUGAUAUGCACGGCGUGUCUGCUGGCGAGUGCGCGGUCAGGAUGGCCAAGGCAGGUGCCGACGUGAUCGGAAUCAACUGUCAUUUUGACCCGGAUACUGUCUUGGCUGCGCUCAGGUUGAUGAAAGAGGCCCUGACCAAGGCGGGCUUCAAGAAGCAUCUGAUGGCACAGCCUCUGGGCUUCAAAACCCCAGAUGCCUCCAAGCAGGGAUUCAUCGACCUCCCGGAGUUCCCAUUUGGUCUCGAGCCGCGUAUUUUGACCCGGUGGGAUUGCCAUAGAUACGCCAGGGAGGCCUACGAUCUCGGAGUGCGUUACAUCGGAGCUUGCUGCGGCUUUGAGCCUUACCACGUCCGGGCCAUAGCUGAGGAGCUGCAGAAGGAGCGCGGUUGCCUACCGACUGGCUCAGAGAAACACGGUCAAUGGGGUGAUGGGUUGAGACAGCAUACUAAGCCAUGGGUGCGCGCCAGAGCUCGUCGUGACUACUGGGAGAACCUCAAGCCAGCGAGCGGCCGGCCGUACUGCGCCAGUAUGUCCAAGCCUGACGAGUGGGGAGUGACUCAAGGUGAUGCAAUGCUCAAGCAGCAAGCCCAGAAAACCACUGAUGAAGAUCUACAGAAGCUCUACAAAAAGUAGACUAAAGAUUCGAUGAUCAAUAACCGACUUCAAAACGUUGAUGACACAUGCCAUGGUAAAUGUCGUUGCAGCGCAUUUUUGUGAUAUGACAUGAAAAAUGAAGGAGGAUUAUAAUACCCGCAUGUAUUGAUUCUGUGAAUGACAUUAAUGUUUUGGUUAAGAAACGUUAACGUAUUUUCUUCGCACAUAAUGAAAUGGAUGACUCCAAACAAACUGAAUGCAUUAUUGCAGUUAAAAUGUACCGAUUUGAUGAACAUUUCCCCCAAUUGGAAUAAAGGAAGACGGAUCGCUUCUAAUAAGCAGGAUUCGGUAACACUUAGGUUUAUUUUCUGCUUGUAUGAUACCCAUAUUGUAUUUGACAAAAGUAACUGUCGGGAUGAGACAAGGCCGAAUUUAUAGGUUUACUGUUCUCUGUCCCAGUACACAACUUUGUACGUUUUUAUUCUAUAGGUCUGAAAUUUUGGAAUUAAUAAAUUGCUCAGAGUAUACAUCUGUUGACACCAUGAA